UGCCACUGGUAUGAUCGUAUCAAACGUUUUGAUUCCGCAGAAAAGUUUAAAAUUUUACGUUUUUCUACGUUAAGCACUUCAUUUAUUUUUCACAGUUCUAAAUCCGACAUUGUUUCCCUUUUUGUACAAUCGUAAAGAAAGCUUGUCCGAUAAGUUUCUAAUUUCUUACUAGUGCUUUUUAGGAGUGAUUGACGGUCAGCCGCGCUCAUCGGAUUGUCACGACCGCCACAUUCUGUAAUAAGUACCUUUUCGAGCCACAACUGCGAAAUCCAGACGAGACAAUGAAUGGACCCGGGGGACUGGAAAACGUUAAUCCACAGGUUUUCCAGAAAUCUGACAAACGAACUGUCACGGCAGAAGAAGAGGACGAGAACAUCGCGGAUAAAUUCGAUGAUCGCGAAAUCUUUGACAUGAUUCGACGGAUUAACGAUCCGGAGCAUCCUUUGACAUUGGAAGAACUUAACGUGGUCCAGAUUGAUCAUUGCGAAGUAGACGAUGACAAUAAUCGCGUAAAUGUGUUCUACACACCAACCAUUCCCCACUGUUCCAUGGCUACGCUCAUCGGAUUAGCCAUCCGUGUGAAGCUGCUGCGCUCUCUUCCUGAACGAUUCAAGGUGGAUGUGCGAAUCUCCCCGGGCAGUCACGUGUCGGAGUUGGCUGUGAAUAAGCAACUGGCCGAUAAAGAGCGAGUGGCCGCCGCUUUGGAGAAUGGCCAGCUGCUGGAUGUGAUCAACCAGUGUUUAACAUUUCCAAACAUGAAGCGAUAGAUAGAGUCGGUAGACUGUACUUCGUAGUUUUUCUUUCUGACAUAUUUGGGAGUACCAGUAGACGUCCGCAGUACAAUAUCUGCCUGUCGCGGGAGUUUUUUCGAAAUUUAUUUGAUAGUCCAGCAAUAUUAACUGGUUUAGAGGGAAAUUGCAGCGUAACUUGAAUUUUCGGUUACGAAUCGACGACAGUUUCUGUAAAUUGUACUGACCUAUGAUAAUUCAAAUAAGGUUUUCUAUCGGGCAAUCGAAUCAUAUGUCAAUCGUAAGGUACUGAAAUGAAGCCACAUGGAUUCUGUGAUUUGGCUGUAUAAAAAUGCCGAAUUCGGAUGAUUGAUGAGUACUACAGAAGUAUUAAAGAAUGUUGG